AUGGUUCCUCCUACGCAGAACCUCAACCUCGAUGUUGAGGCCAUCUCUGGCAUCUGCGGAUCGGUCUCAAUCGCUUGCUGGGUCGUCGUUUUCUCCCCGCAGAUCAUCGAAAAUUUCCAAAAGAGCAGCGCAGACGCACUCUCUGUGCAAUUCGUCAUAAUAUGGCUCCUGGGUGAUGUCUUCAACAUUCUGGGCGCUAUCCUGCAGGGUGUGCUCCCCACCAUGAUCAUCCUGGCCUUCUACUAUACUAUCGCGGACCUUGUGCUUCUGAUUCAAUGCUUCUACUAUCGCGGAUUCACGUGGCGUGACGAGCCGGUCCCUCCAAAGCGCAACGACACUCUUCCCAACGGCGAGCCGAACGAACGAACAUCUCUUCUCCCGUCGCCAAUUUUGGGAAUAAACGAACGAAGAGGUUCAGACUGGUCAGGGCUGUCUCCAGCUGUACCACACUUUCCCACUACCCCUACCCCGCCUUCUCCUCCCACGAUCCUCCAGACUUUGAUUUGGAACACUACCAUUAUCCUUAUGGUCAUCGCUGCCGGCGUGUUGGGUUGGUUUCUGGGGCAAAAGGCCACCGGUGGUGAUGGGGAUUCGCCAUCAAAGGGCAGCGAACCUCUCGAGUUCAAUGCGCUGGGUCAAUUCUUCGGAUGGCUCUGCGCAGUAUCCUACAUUGCUUCGAGACUACCCCAGCUCAUCUUGAAUUGGAGGCGCAAGACUACGGACGGCCUUAGCAUGCUAUUCUUCCUCUUCGCCUGCCUGGGCAACCUAACCUAUGUUCUUUCUAUCGUCGCAUAUGAGCCGAAGUGCCAGAACGAAACCUGCGAAUCUGGCGAGGCUGCCAAGAUCUACGGCAAGUACAUUCUGGUUAACCUCAGCUGGCUGGCGGGAGCACUGGUAACCCUUCUCCUGGACCUUGGUGUCUUUGCCCAGUACUUUAUGUAUGACAAGUCUGGCAGUGAUGGAGACAGUUCCGACAUUGAUUCGUCCAACGAUCGAGCUAUCGAAGAUGAGGACAUUGAUUGGGAACCUCGUCCUUUGCUGUCAAGGCACGACUAG